AUGGCAGGUAGCAAGACCACCCAAACGUCGAAUACGGACAAUCCAGAUUCGAAAGAUUUCUGGGAGAAGUCGGCCGAGGAAGCCAGGGAGGUCAAGGCGAUUCACGAGCAGUCCAAGGAUCCAAGGUCCACGGCCGGCGACGAUGCCACGGCCGCGACGCCGACGAUCAACUACAACAACGAACCCUUGCCUGCGGGAGAGGUGCAUGCCUAUCAUGAACAUGCUGCCAAAGUAGUCAGUCCAUCGCCUUUCGGAUGAUCCGAGCGUGCAUCACCGCCUCGAAAGCGCAAGUCACACGGGGCCGCCAAGCGGGGAGAUGAAUGUGUGGGGUUGCUGCGCAGGGUCUUCGCAGGGAGCUGAAGCUGACUCGCGACCUCAUCGAUCGUUGACACCCCGAACCUUUACCUUUUACAGUGGACAACGGCCAUCAUACUGAACUCAAUCGUGCUCAUCUUGUUCUCCGAAUGGGGUUUGCACUACUCCUUCUCUAUCGCAGCGAUCGGUCUGUCCUCAGCUUCGUAGAGCGCACAUCACGUGCCGCUCACUCCGCACAGCCUCCUCAGGAGCUGCUCAACUGACUCUGGCUCACCUUCCGCAACCGCAGCUGUCGGAGUUGUCAUGGUACGACGCAAGACACACAGCCUAAUGAAAGAUUGGGCUUGGGACAGGGAGCGCAAACGUGGCACGAACCCCAAUGUUUCCGCUUUCGAAAGUGUCGAGUGGAUGAACUCGGUUCUCAGUACCGUUUGGCCGAUGCUCGAUCCGGACCUGUUCGUCGCCGGUGUCGACUUGCUCGAAGACGCGCUCAAAAUGCUUUCUCCUUCGGUGGUAAGGACGGUGCGUAUCGAUUCGGUCGAUCAAGGACUCAAUGCGAUGCGUAUUCUGGGCAUUCGGCGACUGCCCGAUGACUUUGACAUCACCGAAAGCCCUUUCGCUGCCCAAGUCGACCCGACCGGUCCACAGUUGGAGGAGCAAAAGGGUCUCGAUAACGCCGAGCCGGGACAAUAUGUCAACAUCGAGGCCGAGUUCGCAUACCGUCGUCUUCCCAAGAGCAAGUCCGAGAACGCCCAUUUCGUGAUCCACAUGGGUCUCGGCGUCAAGAAGGUGCUCAAGGUCGAGCUGCCCGUGCUCUGCGAGCUUUCAGGACUGUAUGGCAAGAUCCGACUGCGGCUGGAGAUGAUCGCAGAACCGCCUUUCGUUCGACAUGUCAAGUUCAGCUUCCCAAUCUUCCCCAGCAUCGAAAUUGUGGCCAAGGUGAGUGGAAGAGACCGCCAGGCGGUCGCUAUCAAGGCGUGCGCUGAAUGAUGAAAAAUUAUCACUUGCACAGCCUUUACGCGCAAUUGACGUAAUGUCGCUGCCUGGGUUUAAGCCUUUCAUUCUUUCCUCCAUCAAUUCCGUCCUCUAUCACUUUGUCGCCCCUCAAAGCUAUGAACUCGACCUCAGCCGCUUCUUCCUCGGCAGUGACAUCGCAAUGAAGACGAGAAGCGUCGGAGUCGUCUGUGUCGCGAUCCACAAGGCCCAAAACCUCACCGCAUCGGAUGUAAGAGGUACAUCGGAUGGAUUCGUCAAUGUCUCAUUCGUUCACUCGGGCAAAGUGCUGUUCUCGACCCGUGUCGUGCCCAAGACGCUCAACCCGGUCUGGGAGGAGGUCACCUUCUUGCGCAUCACCGACGACGAGAUCGAUGAACAAGACCGCAUCCGAUUCACUGUUCUUGACUGGGAUCGCUUCUCCAAGAACGAUGUGAUCGGCAUGAUUUCCAUUUCGCUCACCCACUUGGUCAACAAUCCGGGAGUAUGGGAUCAGAGCACUAUCGGUUUGGAACACAACGGCCAAGUCGAAGCCGGCACGUUGUCGUACUCGGCCGCCUUCUUCCCGCUCGCGACCAUGAUCGCACCGACGGCGAAAGUCCAAGCCGAUGAUCCCAUGGCACAGGUUAAAGCGACCAAAGCGAAGCCGAUGUUCGCUGAUCGGAGCCAGGCCACGGACGACAGUCGCUCCUCGGCGGUGGGUUCUGCAGCCGGGACGAUGCCAGCGCCGACUAUUGUGUACUGACCGGCAGAUAUCCUCUCUGACAGUAUGCCCAACGCAUGCGCGAGAUGCUGGAUGGACGAAUGCCGAUCAAUCCGGCUCAACCGACCGGUAUUCUCGCAUUCCAAGUUCAUCAACUCGCUGAACUUGAAUGCGGUGACGAGCGGUCCGAAAAGAAGAAGGCGGUCUCCGCUCCUUCUUCCUACUGUGUCGUCUAUCUCAACGCGGAGAAGCUUUAUCAGACCCGUGUCAAACCGUUAUCGGCGCAGCCUUAUGUCAAUGCUGGCUCAGAGACUCUCUGCCGCGACUGGACCCGGGCUCGCAUCGAUAUCGCCGUCAUGGAUGCUCGCGAUCGCGAAGCCGACGUUUUGAUCGGCUUCAUUUCGCUUCAACUACGCGAUAUCUUCGCGACGAGAUCCCAGGUGACCAAGUGGUUGCCUCUUCUCGGGGGCGCGGGACAUGGACGGCUGCGAUUUUCGUUACUGUUCAAGCCGCUCGACAUCGUCUUGCUCAAGCCUCUACUCGAAUGGUCCAUCGGGUGCUUCGAGAUCGUGCAAGCCAAAUUGAGCAAUCUGAGCGAAGAAAUGACAGCUCGACUUCAGGUCUCCGCCGAGGGACAAGGUUCAGUGACCUCGAGCUCUUCCGAGUCUUUACUAUUCCCAGGUAAGUCCUCUACUCUUCUCAGCAUAUCCAUCUCUUUCGAAUAGUCUGCUAAUGCACUUGGAGCGCGCUUGUCGAUCAGCUGGUUCCGAAACGACCAGCCUGUCGUUCGACUUGUCCGAGUCACUUCGCGUCCCCAUCUUGACGCGGUUGCACCCGCUUCAGUUUAAGGUCCAGUCGGUCAGGACCUUACGGGGAAGUGAGACUGUAUGGUAUGCUCCGCUGUGGCUCAACGACUAUGCGUAUGAAGGAGAAGAAGAGAUGGAGCUGCACCUUUACCCGUACGUGAUUCGAUUGCCGAUGAUGGAGUGUUUCUCGACUCAAUGGACCCCCGUGUCCUUCAUUCGAUUUAUCCCACGCAGUACACACGAGACCUGCAACCCGCCCUCCCCUUCUUUGCCCUACCAGCCGCGGUACAAGAAGCACAAAGUAAAGACCCCAAAAGAGCAAGGCAAGAUACCCGAAUCCUCGCACAACCUUUACCCUACUACGUCGCGAACCUCCGACUCGCCCAAUCAACCUAUCGUUGCUCGCAAUGGUGAGACUUCGCGCUCCACGGCAAGUGACGAAGGGUCAUACCCGGUCUUGCAUAUCACGUUACGGUGGAAGGCGGGGAUGUCGGCGAACCAUCGAGAUAUCAUCUUGGGUGCAUCUGCCGCCACGAGGGAUUCGUUCACUUUGUGGCUUCACCGCCACGACUUUGCGGUCAAGGAGAAGAAACGCAGUGAGCGCGAUGCCGACGCCGCGUCGGCACUUUUGAGUGGGCUGUCGAAUGAACCUGGUUGGGAUGAUAGCGAGUCGAGCGAUGACGAGGAGUUGGGGACGGAGAUUGAGACGAUGAGGCGUAGGUCCGCUAGCGGGGGAGUGGACAUUCUGAUGCGCAAGUUGAAGGGGACCAAGGAGGGUAAAGGGACGACGAUGAAGUGGAUUGGCAGCAACCUCAAGGUGAGAUCCCACUAUCCUGCACCAACUUGUGACGGGGCGUUGCAUCUGAUCGCAUUCGCUCAUCCUUGCCAGAUUGCCGGCCACAAAGUCAAGAAGAGCAUCGGCUCGAGCAAAUCGAUCGACGGCCCAAUGCCCGAAACCGAAGUCGUCAGCUCAUUCUAA